AUGACUCUGAAGUGCAAUACUGAUGGUUCGUGGUUAAAGAAAACAGAGAGUGGUGGAGCGGGUUGGGUUUUGAGAGACCAUCAAGGGGCACUGGUGUGGGCGGGAGUAAGGAAACUACCAGUAGUGAGAUCGGUGAUAGAGGCAGAAGCAGAAGCCAUUAGAUGGACAAUUCAAACAUUGGCGGGCUUUGGUUACAAAAAGGUAACUGUUGAAACUGAUUCCCUAGUCUUGACAAGAAUGCUCAAUGGUGAGGAAGAAGUCUGGCCGGUGCUUGAGUCCAUUAUGCAAGACAUUUCGAGAUCAUUGGUAGUGAAUGCCGAUUAUGAAGUGGUGUAUUUUCACAUGAGUGAUAAUAAGUUAACAUAUAGAAUAGCGAAGGAGACUUCAACAUUUACUGUCCUUUAUCUCUAA